AUGACUUUGAAUGACUCUAGUGUAUCAACAAGAAAGAUUAUGUUAGUGUUGAGUAAAGAAUUAGGGGGUGACUUCAAUGUUGGCUGUAUUGGCAAGGAUGUUGAAAAUUAUUUGGGAAACAAAAGGAGAAAAGUAUUUGAAGAGGGGAAUGCACAAAUGUUAUAUUCUUACUUUCUUGAGCGACAACUCACAAAAUCUGGGUUUGUGUACUCCAUGCAAGUUGAUAAGGAUGGAUGUAUGGGAAGUUGUUUUUGGGCUGAUGCGCGGUCAAGAGCUGCAUACCAGUAUUUUGGAGAUGUUACAUUUGAUGCCACGUACCUGACCAAUAUUUAUAAGAUGCUAUUUGUGCCAUUUUCUGGAGUUAACCAUCAUCAUCAGACCAUAAUGUUUGGUUGUGCCUUGUUAGUUAAUGAAACAGCAGAAUCAUAUACAUGGUUAUUGAGAACAUGGCAAGAGGCAAUGCUUGGUAAAGCCCCUUCAACUAUAACUACCAAUGAUGACAAGGCUAUGACGAAGGCCAUUGUAGAGAAUAUGCAAUUUAAGCUUUUUAGAAUCAAUGCUUCUCAUUGUUUCUUGUUGUUGGAGUCUACUCCGGUUGAGAAGAUGUUUCCUACAACUAGUAAGCUUGUUUGA